UAUCUGUGUACGUCACUUCCGCUUGAGUCGGUCAAUGGAACCUAUAGAUACCAAAAAUAAAUUCAAAUUAUUUAAAGUUAUUAUGGUUUAUACUUAUUUCGGAACCCACUACAUGAAAGAAGUCGUUAUUAUACAGUACGAGAGCGAUGGCGUAAUUUCGAACUGCCGAAGAAGAAGCUAACGACGAAGAAGAAGAAGAAGACGAGGAGGCGGAAGUAAAUUUGGGAUGACGUGAAAGAUGCUUUCACCAAGGGGGCAUCCCGCACGGGGACCGUUUUGUCGGGGGGACCGAGUGGACCCAAGAGGCUCGCGGUGAUGAUGGUGAUGAUGUCAUCGGUGCUACUCUACCAGCUCUUCCUGAUCAGCCUCAGGCUCGCUCCGGUCGCAACGGCCGACCUCGGCGGACGAUGUCCAGAUUUGGCUCCUGUGGACCUUCUGGCGCCUGUCCUCGCGAAGGACACCUCCGAACUCAUGGCGGGGGUGCACGUGAGGCCGUCCGGAGGGGUGCUGGGGGUCCAUUUCUCUGGGCCACAUGCUCGGGUAGACCUGCUCUCUCAAUGUGACAAUUCCCCCGAAGGCUUCUCCGUCGUGGUCACCCUGAAAAUGGCUCGAAUUGCGCACAAGAAAAACGAGUACAUCUUCUCCGUGACGGAAACGGAAAGAUCAGAGUUCGGACCUCUGAAGGAGAAACAGGACGAAGAGGAGAGGGAAGAGGGAAGGAAUUCUCAAAGCGACAUCAGCGGAAGAAGAGCGAAGAACGAUGCCGAACACCGCCGGCUCCUCCUGGGACUGAGACUCUCCGGGAAGCGGCUUUACGUCCUCUUCAGAGGACAGCGAGGCGUCGUCACCGAGCGGUGGGUGUUCCGGGGCGCCCGCCUCGCCGACGACCGCUGGCACACCCUGGUUCUGCACGUCGGCGGUCGCCACGCCAGGCUGACGGUGGACUGCGGAACGCCGCAGGAAAUUCUGCCCUCCAAGCCGUUCCCGUCAGACUUCAGGUUUCACGGGGCCAGAUUCCACGUUGGCAGUCGGGGCAGAUGGAAAGGAUUGUUUACGGGUCUGUUGCGACAGUUGGUUCUGGUGCCGGGUUCAGAUGCCACCCAUCAGUUAUGCCCGUCCGCACACCCUCAACUAGCAGCUCUAUCAGUUCCGCCGCUCCUGUUGUCGGAUGUUGCUGCAACCGGGAAGAUCGUUGCAAGUACCCCGGUCCCUUACGAAAUGGAGGCCAGAGUAUCGGUUGGCUUACAGCGGACCUGUUUGGAGGCGCUCCGAGGCCAGAUGUGGUUCAGUCCACUCAGGAAAGCGCUCUACCUCUGCGACGGUACCUCGUGGAUCUCCGUUCUGGAGGAUCGUAAAAGACUGGACUAUGUUGAGGAACGGCAGGUUCUUAGCACCAGCUCGGAGACCAACGACAUAGAGGUCUUCCAGGUCCAGGGCGUGGGUCUGAUGGCCGCCAUGGCGCACCGCUCCACGACUUGGGGCUCGGCGAUUUACAAGUGGACCCAACAUAACGGAUUCCAGCUCUACCAGAAUAUCAGCACCCAUGGAGCUCUGGCUUGGCGGCAUUUCCACAUGGGCAGGAAGACAUUUCUGGUGGUGUCCGACUCCGAUAUCAGCACCAGCGUGGGAAAGGAAUCCGAUGUCUCCGUCAUCUACAAGUGGAGCCGAAGGAGCAAACAGUUUGUGCGGUUUCAGACCUUGCAGACGCACUGCGCCCGCGACUGGGAGGCCUUCAAAAUCCAUCGACAGACAUAUCUUGUAGUUGCUAAUCACAGGAUAGGUAAUAACAACCACACGGUCGAGAGCGUAGUGUACAAAUGGAACAGGCCGACUAAGUCCUUUGUGGUCCACCAAAGGCUGAGAACGUUGGGGGCUUACGACUGGGAGUUCUUUAAAGUGGGACCGUACCAUUUCCUUGUGGUGGCGAACGCCUUUGACGGAGUCACCACGUCGCUGGACUCGGUGAUCUACGUCUGGGUCGACGGGAAAUUUCAAGUGUUCCAAACCGUCAAGACUUUUUGCGCCACCGACUGGGAGAUGUUCCAGAUCGGCGCGCGGGUCUUUCUGGUGGUUGCCAAUGGACACCGGCUCCACGGCAACGGGCCCGGCGAAUACGCCAUCAACUCCACCGUCUACGAGCUGGACGUGAGCGAGCGGCUGUUUGUCCGCUUCCAGGACAUAGUCACAUACAGCGCGGUGGACUGGGAGUUCUUCAGCCUGGGCGGGGAACAUUUCCUGGUCGUCGCCAACUCCUUCAACGGCGAGUCGUACUCGCUCAACAGUGUCCUCUACAGGUGGCAAGGCUACGAGGGCUUCGUUCCCGUCCACUGGCUCCCGACCAUCGGCUGCAGCGACUGGGAGUUCUUCAGCGCUGGCGGGGACUCGUAUUUGAUGUACUCCAGCGCCAAAGCGCCCCUCGCCAAAGUGUUCAAGCUGAAAAUGUACUGAGCUCGUUCCGAUGCGUAUUUAAGCGGGCGGGCGGGCGGGCGGACGA